GUGUCAAUUGCAGAGACAACUAGCACAUGAGAAAGUCGAGGAACUCUACCUACUUGUACGUGAACUGAAAAAAAAAAAAUUCAUCUUCUUGUCUCUUGUAAUAUUUGCACCAUCUGCAAUUCCUAACCCUUCUUCUGCUACUGUAAAUUAGUAUACAACUUGGGUUUCCAUAGGAACUAAAACGUCAGGCAGUAAAAGCAUAACUGAACAAUGUCAGGGGUAUCUUUAGCUGUGGCUCCUCUUUCGGAGCCAGAUGAGACAACUUCUUCAACAAAACCUCAGCAAAAGGAACGAAAUCAACAACAACAACAACAACAAGGUGUGGGUGUAAUGGGAUCACUUCGAGUAAUUGAGCUACAAUUAGUCGCUUUCAUUAUGGUUUUCUCAGCCAGUGGUUUAGUACCUCUACUUGAUCUAGUUUUCCCAGCUUUUGCAUCUGCAUAUCUUUUGCUUCUUUCACGAUUCGCCUUUCCAUCACUUGGCACAACUACUUCAACUUCCCAGGAAAUAUUCCAGGGCAGUCGGUUUUUUCGCGUUUAUAUGGUCACUGGCACUACUGUUGGACUGUUCUUGCCAUUGGCGUAUGUUUUGGGUGGAUUUGCGAGGGGCGAUCAGCAUGCAGUUCGCUCUGCCACGCCUCAUUUGUUCUUGCUUUCGUUUCAAAUUCUAACUGAGAAUAUUAUAAGUGGAUUGUCCCUAUUUUCUCCUCCGGUUAGAGCCCUUGUUCCCCUGCUUUAUACAGUUCGGAGGAUAUUUGUCUUGAUUGAUUGGAUACAGGAUGUGUGGAUCAACACUACUUUGCCUGCAAAUGCACAAAUCAAGGAUGUUACGUGGUAUUGGUUUGGGAAAGGGCUGGCAGUGGCGAAUUUGGCGUACUUUUCGAUCAAUCUGUUAUGUUUCUUGAUUCCGCAAUUUCUUCCCCGGGCUUUCGAGAGGUACUUCAGGGAGAGGAACGAGGUUCAGUCGAAGUCGGCUGAAGAUAAGCAGUCGCAAGCUAUGAACAGAACAAAACACGCAGACAAAAAGCAGGAGUAGCGAAAAUGUGCAGCACCUUUUCGCUUUUUGAUUUCACUACUGUAAGUUAAAUGGACUAUUUUUCGUUUUUGGUUGGUUAGCGUAAGAGCGUGUUUCCACGUGUUGUUAAUGUUGUUAGUACUAUUUAGGAACUCAAAACUCGAUUGUUGUAUUUGAUGCUUCUUUUAUGUUGUUAC